UUUGAGGUUCAUUCGAUUGUCAAACCUCGUGCGGUGAGUGUCGUUUUCUCUUCUAAUCAUCAUCAGAGAUAUUUAUUCGAAGUUUAUUCUUCCACUUUUUUUCGUGUGAAAAGCAAAUUUUUAAUUAAAAAAAUUAAUAUAAUGGCCGUCUGGGAAGGAAAGAAAUACAAAUUGGAAAACAGUGAAAACUUCGACGAAUACAUGAAGGAACUUGGUGUUGGCAUGGUCUACCGCAAGAUGGGUAACAGUGUCUCACCAACCGUUGAAUUGAAGAAGGAUGGUGAUAAAUACACCUUCACCACCACCUCAACCUUCAAGACAUCAUCAUUCUCCUUCGCAUUGGGUGAAGAUUUCGACUACGAAACCCUCGAUGGACGCAAAGUAACCAGUGUUGUUACAUUGGACGGCAAUACUCUUACCCAGGUGGAAAAGGGAGACAAACCAACAACCAUUAUUCGUGAAUUUUCACCAGAAAGUGUGGUUGCAACCAUGACCAUUGGUGACAUCAAGUGCGUUCGAACCUACAAAGCUGUUUAAAAUAUCAAAUUAUAAUUAAAGACCGUCCAUCAAAAACAACAACAACAUCAGCUACAGCAAACAAUAUAAAAAUUGGACUAAAAAUAAACAAAAAUUAGAAAAAAAAAAAAAAUAGUUAACACUUUAACUAACAUCACUAAGCG